AAAUCGUUGCUAAUACGAGCCAGCUGAAGAAACGACCGGAAGUUUACAAACAUCAACAGAGCAAGCUAACAUUUAGCUCACAUUUCUGUUUUUAUUUUGACCAACUGCUGAAAAUCGUCGGAUUAAAACAACCACAGAGUAAAGAUGGUUUGUGAAAAGUGCGAGAAGAAGCUCGGUAAAGUCAUCACACCUGACACCUGGAAGGAUGGAGCCCGGAAUACAACAGAGGGUGGUGGGCGUAAGCUAAAUGAAAACAAGAUCCUGACUUCUAAGAAAGCCAGGUUUGACCCGUACAGCAAGACGGGCUUUGCUACCUGCAGGAUCUGCAAGAGCUCCGUUCAUCAGUCUGGAUCACACUACUGUCAGGGCUGUGCAUACAAGAAAGGAAUCUGUGCAAUGUGUGGAAGGAAAGUUUUGGACACCAAGAACUACAAACAGACGUCUGUGUGACAGUGUGCCGAUCAGAGAAGCGUUCUGCGAGUGAAUGGAGACUGAUGUUUAUGUUUGUCAUCUUGUACCGACUUUCCACAAUAUCCUGCUCACCAUACAGCUAUAACUAUUUUGUUAUCUUUUCCCACAUUUGUGAAAGAGAGAGAUUUGGAGCUGGCCUUGCCCUCUUAUUACAGAAUAUCAUAUAAUGCCACUGGAAUUAUUACAGUGGCCGUACACAGGGAAGCACUGUUGUAUCCAAAUGCAUCACCGGUCAUAACCUGUUUCUCAAGCCAAGGCUUCUAUAUUUUUUGUAUAUUUUAAAUUUCUUUACUUUGAUUCUUUGCUUUUUAAAAAGUAGAUUUCUGUAUGUAAUAUAUCAAGUGUUGCAUUUUUUGAGCGAAUUAAACCAUUCAAUAUGAAGGACA